AUGAACAAGGAAGGUAUCCUGGAAGACCUGAGGACAGAGGCCAGCUGCCCCGUGUGCCUGGAUUUCCUGAAAGACCCCGUGACCCUGGACUGUGGCCACCACUGCUGUGCUGCCUGCCUCCAGCAGCGCUGGCAGGACCUGCAGGAUGUCCUUCCAUGUCCUGUCUGCCAGCACCACUGUGCCUACAGGAAGCUGCAGAAGAACAGCCAGCUGAGUGCCCUGGUUGACAUGCUGAAGCAGCUGUCCAGCAGAGGGAGCAAGAGGAAGAAGCAGCAGGAGCAGCCCCUGUGUGAGCAGCACCAGCAGGAACUCAGCCUGUUCUGUGAGAAGGACCUGGAGCUGGUGUGUGCCCAGUGCAGGGGCUCCUGUGAGCAGCAAGGUCACCCCCUCAUCCCCACUCAGGAGGCUGUUGCUCAACACAGGAAGAAACUCAAAUCCCACCUGAAGACCCUGAGGCAGCAGCUGGAAGAUGCUAGCAAUGGGCUGGAAAUUCAAAUGCAACGAAGAGAUCAAGUGAGGGAGGAACUGAAAAGUCAAAGAAUAAUAGCAUGUGAGAUGUUUGAAUACUAUACAAGUUUCUUCAGAGAAAAUUACCGUAUCUGUAAAUUUGAGCUACAAGAAGUAAUGACAAAUGUUUCUCAAAAGAUAACUGAGAGCAAAGACCAGAUGUCAGCCUAUAGCUCCUCACUCAAGAGUCUGCUGAGUGAUCUCACCAAGAUGUCUGUGCAGACAGACCUGGGUCUCCUGCUGAAGGUGAGAAGCCUCCAGCAGCUGCUGAGCAGAUAUAAAGAGCUGGAGGCCCCAGAGGCCUUUUCCUACACCUUCCAGGAGAAUACCAGUUUUCCUUUAUAUUAUAUUUGUCUUUAUAAUAUGAGAAAGUUUCACGUGGAUUUGACACUAGAUAUUAAGACUGCUCAUUGCAACUUCAUUAUCAGUGAAGAUAGAAAGAAAGCUCUGUUUGACAGUGAAAUGACAGUCUCCAACAGUGCUCUUAGGCCUGAGGCAUUUUCCUCUCACACAGCUGUCUUGAGCUGUGAGGGGUUUGAAGCUGGCAGGCAUUAUUGGAUGGUUGAAAUCAGAGGUUCAGGUGUCUGCUCCUUAGGUGUCUGCAAAGGGUCUUUCCCCAGGCAGGCGCUGGGACCACAGGCCUCAAGGAAUGACUGCUGGAAAAUCCAACAGCCUGUCGGGUCUCACUUCAACUCAGACAAAAAGAAAAUGAUCAUUGGCAUUUUCCUGGACUAUGAACUAGGAGAGAUUUGGUUUUAUAAUAUGUCUGAGAUGUGUCCCAUAUGCACAAUCACUGAAUCCUUUACAGAGAGAGUGAGCCCCUAUUUUUCUGUAGACUAUUCUUCCUCAUCAGUGGUCAUGACUAUCAUAUAA